GUCUGUCGUAAAAAUUGUAACUAAUUUAACAUAACAUAUUUAAAUUAAUGAAAAUAUUUUUAAAAAAUGGAUUCAGAGCCAAUGUGCCGGGCUUGUUUAAGUGAAUCUGGUGAUGCUGUUCCAAUAUUUAGUUCUGCAGAAACUUCUGGUGUUCAAAUGCCGUUAUCUGACAUGAUGAUGGCAUGUUCAUCCGUUCAGGUAAUGUCUGGUGAUGGACUUCCUGGACUAAUAUGUUUAGAAUGUUUACGUUCGCUGUUAAUUGCGUUCGAAUUUAAAUUAAAAUGUGAAAAAACUGAUGCCAUGUUACGUGAAUACAUAGAAAAUAACUUAGUACCAAUGCAAGUGGGUACUACCGUGUAUAACAAAUCAGUAACAGUUGAUUCAAAUACACUUGUAUCUGUUGGACAAACAAAUCAUACAACUACAGGUGGUCCUGCUGGUAAUGGUGGUGGCGGUGGAAAUACUAAUGGUGGUGAAAUCAAACAAAUUGUUGGCACAAAUGAAUUAAUAUCAACAAUACCAACAAUUUCUAUAAAUAAUGCAAAUACAAUAUAUAGUAACACAAAUCCAUAUAUUAUACCUAUGGUGGAAUGUGACGUGCUAGUUAAAGAGGAACAAGAUGGGAACGGUGGUACGACUACAAGUGGAAUUGUUAGUGAUGGCGGUAAAAUAUAUCAAAAAACUACUGAAGGUGGCAAUAUUAUGUUGAAAAAAAUUGAAUCAGGUAAUUUAACACCAGUAAACACAACAGUCGACAUGGCAGCAUUUUCAUCACGUUUAAUAUCGUCUGAAAUGAUUCAACAAUCACAACCCUCGCAAAUAACAAUAUACGGUGGAGAGUUUCGUGAUUUAAUUCGUGUUUCUGAAGAACAACAUCAACAGCAACAACAUCAAACAAUUAUAAUGCCAGCUGGUGCAGUAACAUCCAUGGCCGCUGCACAUUGUAAUGUACUCACAACAAAUUCAUAUACAAUUGAUCAUCAUCCACAGCAACAGCAACAAAACCAACAGCAACAAUGUAGUACAAGUACGAUUAUACAACAAAACAAUUGUACAACAACAGUGUCUGCAGCGGCAUCACAAGCUGUAGCAACUAGUAACAAUAAUUUUAUCAGUACAAUGACUAUACCGACAUUUACAACGGUAAAAGAUCGUAAACGACAGUUAUCAACUCAAACUAUCAAUUGUAAUAAAAAAUCUGAUAAUGACUCACAGUCAUCUGAUACAACAAAUGAACAACAACAACAACAUUCCAUUAUAAAUCAUCAAAAUACAACAACAAUAUCUCCACCAACAAAUAAAAAACAAAAAACAUUUAAUCACCAUAAAAAGAAAACAGUUUACAGUGUUGUGGUACCAUCAACACAAUGUGAGAACAAAAUUAUAAAUCGUUUAAAUAAAAAAGAUUGUAAAAAUAAUAAUCAAUCAAUACAAUGUGGCGGUGGAGGUGGUGGUGUGAAACGUACAAUAACAAGUGGUGGGGGAAAUGAAACGAUACAACAACAAUCACAAGAUAUUGUUGUUAGUAGUGGUGCUGGUGGUGGGGGUGAAAAUGUAGAUAAUUCAGAUAGUACACAAAAGAAUAUUAAAGAUAAUAAUAUUUAUUAUCAUACACAACAGACAAAUCAACAAGGGUAUAUCAGAUGAAAUUAAAUGGGUUUUAAAUAGAUACAAUUUCUUUUUAAUUUAAAAUUAAAUGGUAUCGGGUCGUGUUCAGAUAUAUAACGGUUCUUUUUUAAUUGAUAGGUUAAAAAAAAUACUUUUUAAGCCUAUUUUAUACCAAAGGCUAAGAAGCAUGUCAGAUUAAUUUGAAAUUCGUGGAUUUAAUUAAGAUGGUUCCGCCAAAAGUAAAUGUGUAAGGAUAUCUGAGACUAGGUUCCAAAUUUGAGGAUUAAUUCUGUUAGAUGUCUGCGAAAGUAGACGAAAAGUAAGAUUAACAGUUUGUAAAAUCUAUCUUAGUUUUCGAGGUAUCGAAGCCUUAAGACAUUUAUUUCAGCAAAAAUGACAACCUAAUAGUAAUAAUCAUAUUUCGAUUUUUAUUCGAAAUAUAUGACAAACUUUAUUUCUUUUUUUAAGUAUACUUUUUUUAUAUUAAAGAGAGUUAGGGCCCC